UGAAAUUUCGAGCCUUCCGAAGACACAAUACAAGUCCCAAAUUCAUCUCAAAAUCAUCCAACAUGUCCUUUUCCACUCGCUCAAUAUCACGAGCGGCUGUGUCCGGCUCAAGAUCAGCGGCCCAGGUCCGCUUCUCCUCGACAGCCCCUCCUUCUCUUACCGCUUCGCUCCUUCUCUCUCGCCCUCCUCUUCUUACACCAACGCCUACGCCUUUUGAAUCAGCUUAUUACUCGCACUCUCGAUCAGUCGCCCACGCCCUUUCUUCCCCUCUUCCUCUUGAUUUUUACUUCAAGACUGGCUCUCUUCCCUUGCGCAGACACCUCGUUGCGGAACACGCUUUUGUUUCUGAGACAUAUGGGAAAAAGCUGUCAGGCAAAGCCCCCGAUGUUGGAGACAUUCCUCCAGAGACGGAAUACGAAAUCAUUGAGCGUGAUCGGUGGGAGAAAGCCGAUGCUAAGCGAGGAGAGAAGAGUUUGGAGAGAAAGCCAGAGGAAGAAGUAUAUUGUUUGGUGCUGAAGGGCAAGGAAAAAGAGGGCAAAUGGACAUUCCCUGACGUGAAAGUAGGCAAAUUAGAAGCAUUGGAUGAGGCUGUGACAAGGGGCAUCACAGGUGUGGAAGGCAGCUUAGGAGGAAAAGGCAUGGAUAGCUGGUUGGUUACCAGGAAGCCUGUUGGGAUGGUCAAGGACGGAGAGUCAAGAACAUUCUUCAUACGAGGUCAUAUCUUGGGGGGCGAACCCACACUCUCUCCUUCCUCACCGUACUCUUCUUGGGCUUGGCUCACUGCUCCUGAAGUCGAAGCCAGACUUCGUCAACAAGGCGAUGAGAAACUUUGGGAGGGUGUUAAGGGGAUGUUCGGCAUACCGAAGAAUGAAGCUUAGAGUAGACGAUGCAUAGGUAUAAACAUGGCCAUGCGUGCUAAUAUUUGAUGGGGUAGAAAUCUACUUCAUGAUGUUUAUUCCGUUUCCUCUGCACCGAAUCGAAUCCAAAGGCCACCCUACGUUACUCAUCAACUGAAAUCCGCUUUCACAUUCGAUAUUUUAUUCACCUUUAUGGCCAAGACGACGUCGGCAACUAUCCACACCUUAUCUCGUCCUCCCCUAGCGCGCCCGUCACCACCUUCGGGCGUCAUCCACUCUUUUGGAAGAACAGUCUCCGGCGGUUGAGCAUCAAGAGCCAGCUGAACAGUGGUAUUGUGGCCGACCAAAGUACCUACGUGAGCAAUAUGUCGGAAGAAAUAUACCAGAAAAGUGUGCGUUAUAGCCAACGCAAAUGACUGGCCGAGACACUAUUUCACCAUCAACAAUUUUCACACAUUUGUAGGAUAUUACCAACCAUCCUAGGCCCAAGGUUCCAACUCAUGAAACCUUCUUUCUCUUUCCCUAGCCCCCCUCCUUCCAGCCAUCUGUCGGGGUUAAACACCUGAGCAUCCUCUCCCCAUACCGCUGGAUCACGUUGCAUCAAUAUGGUGGCGAGUAUGAUAGAAGUGUUUGCCGGCAUGUAAGCUAAGUGAUUGGGUGUGGGUAGCAAUGAAGGACGGAGAGUGCGACGAAUGCUAAGGAAGGGGUUGAUUAGUCAUGACAUACCGAAAAAAACCGGCUACUUACUUGAGAGGAACAGGGGGGAAAAGACGGAGUACUUCGUUGAUAAACGCUCGACCUGGCUCAUGUGCAUCAGAUAAAUCUCAUCAGAACUAGCGCCUUGAAAUCAGCAACUUACAAUACCUCAAUUGGCGGAUAGUGUCCUUGGUAACCUCACAUUCUUGAUUAGCUAUUGUAAAGACUUCGUCUUUAAGCCUAGCUGCGAAAUCAGGAUGGAGCACAAUCGCAUAGACAGAAAAUGUGAG